AGGCUUCACCGUUCUCAUCGCUGCUUUAUGCAGAUGGUGUGGUCCUAAUGGCAUCUCCAACUCUCACUGGAGGUCACAGACCAGUGUGAAGCAGUCGGGAUGCGGAUCAGCACCUGUAAAUCUGAGGGCCGAGGUUCAGAAGCAGCUCCCCCUGUUGGAGCAAUUCUCGGGUUACGUGAUAUGCAAAACAUUCACACACAGACGCACAUUUACGCUGCAGCCGGCGACAGUCCACCAGUCCACAGGCCAGAGACACAGCGGACAGAAUAUCAGAAGGAUCACAAUCAAAAACUGCAAAGAAAUCAUGUCAGUCAAUUCCUCUUCCUCGUUUUCUCCUUCCAACUCUUCCUCCAUCAAUGUCAUUGAAUUCCUGCAGAACUGCUACAGAAGUCCAGCCGGCGCCUCCAGCAUGAUCGCUUUCACCGUCUGCAGCCUCCUGCUGGUCCUCCCUCCCUGCGUCUACGUCGUCUACCUGGGACUCAAACAACGGCGCUCCGGCACGGCGGCGAGCCACUCCGACGUCUUCACCUUCCACAUGGUCGCCAUCGAGCUGAUGAAUAUCGUAGGGAACCUUUUCUGCUGUUGUGGCGUCCUCGCUGGUCUCCCAGAAAUGCUGGUGGGUAUUGUCUUUUUCGCCGUCCACUUGUGUGGCCAGCAGCUGUUUCACUCUCUGACCUGUGUGGAGCGCUACCUGGCCGUCGUUCACCCCGUCACCUACCUGGGCCUGAAGAACCAGAAGGGCGUCAGAGUCAGAAACGUCUCCAUCGGUUGUGUUUGGCUGCUCUCCUUUGCAAACACGUUUGCCCUAUUUGUGGAGAAAAACGAUUCCAACUUCAUCUACCACUAUUGUGCCUUAACCUUCAUCCUCAUCGCCGUCUCCUUCUGCAGCCUCUCUGUUCUCCGCGUUCUGAUUGGUCCGGGGCCGGGGGCGGGGGCGGCGGGCAGACAGCGGGUCGACCGAGCAAAGAUGAAGGCGUUCUACACCAUAAUGGUCAUACUGGUAGUGCUGCUGGUGAGGGCCGGGGGGACUGUAGUUACCUCUGUUCUGUAUAACUCCGCACAUGUGGGGGAGGCGGAGAAGUGCACCACGUGGCUUUCAUUGACAUGGUUCAGUCUGCCCAGCAGCCUGGUGCUGCCUCUGCUCUUUCUGCACAGGGCGGGAAAACGGCUUUGCACACCAGAAGCAGUAUCUCAUUAGAUUAUUUAUUCAGGAAAUCUUCUGGAGAUUCCACAUCAUUUUUGUCUCUUCUAAUUGUUGUAACAUUUUAUUGAGUAAUGCAUCUCUUUCACUUAUAGUCAUUUUUUAUUCCACUGGAAAUGUUUUAUGUCUCUCUGUAUUCUUUUUAUUUGACUUUGUGGUAAUUUGGAUUCCCCCAGUUGGUUCAUGUCUCAAUCCAAAUGAGCAAAUCAAACAAAUAGUCACAUUGAUUGAUGAUUGCUUCAUUAAAAUAUAAAAUACCCAACAGGUUUAUGCAAAGGACUGGACUAUGGUGUGGUUUACAGCCUGCGUAGGUCUCAAAAUAACAAGCGACACACAGACUGACAGGUGUUUGAUUUGAAUAAGCUCAUUUGAAACAUGUCACACAUCCAGUUGGUGAAAGAUGAGGUGAAUAAGCACAAAUGAUCCAUAACAAUUAAAUACACAAUGUGCAUCUUUCCUUGGUGCACUGUGCCCUGUUACACUGAUCUGUGUCUGAGGAAUAAAAUAUGUUACGAUUG